CUUCUCUUUCCCCAUUAGUCAAAAUUAUUCCUAGUCAUUCAUUCCGUUUCGAUUCUCCUUUCAAUCCUCUUGAUCUGUUUCUGUCAAAUCUACGGCUUCGAUUCCAAUUUUCCACGCAUUCUUUACAGUUUCACUCAUCAUCUCAGAUUUCUUUCUUCGGCUUUCAAUCUCCAAUCACCCGCCAUUUUUCUUUCUUCGAUUGCCUGAUUUUCAUCCACCGUUUCAGUUUCUUCUUAGAGAUAUAUAUUUUGUCUUAAAAUCAUCGGCGUGGUGAAAUUCUACGGGCCAUGAGCAACCGCAGGGAUUACCGUGCCUCUAAAGCGGCUCUGUUUGAUGGCAUUGAUAACAUUGAGGAAGGUGGCAUUCGGGCCUCUUCCUCUUACUCUCGAGAGAUUGAUGAUCAUACCAAUGACAAAGCUUUAGAUAGCCUGGAAGAUAGAGUCAGCUUCCUAAAGAGAUUAACAGGUGAUAUACAUGGGGAGGUGGAGAAUCAUAACCGCAUGUUGGAUCGAAUGGGCACUAAGAUGGAUGCAACGAGGGGAAUCAUGUCAGGAACUAUGGAUCGGUUCAAGAUAGUACUUGAGAAGAAAUCAAGUCGGAAGAUGUUCAAACUUGCGGCAUAUUUUGUAGUUUCUUUCUUUGUCAUGUACUAUUUCAUUAGGUAAACCAUCUAUCUUUACUUUCUAUUACGUCGCAUGCAAGCCGUCUGUCUGUUUGCCUGCCCAUCUGUCUGUAUGUGUUUGUGUGGAAUGACUCAGACACAUGCACCUGAGCCUUAAUGAGGACUCUUAACCUUCAUCUUUUGGGUGGCUGGGAUGCCACUAAGCUCUUACAGCAUCUAUUUUUGUUUCAGUGAGAAUUGAACUUUAAAUAUUUUAAAGAUUGGGAUGAAGCAUCGUUUUAUUGCCCAUGGAACUGGGGUUAUGACUUUGAUGAAUGUAUCUGCAUAUUUUCAUAUAUUUGUUCGCAUCCAUCUGGUAACGACGAUAAAUCAGGACACAUAACUGUAAGCUUCAUGCCUCUUUUCCUUGGGUUGCUUACCGGUUGUUUCUGGUUGCAUUAUUUGCAUGUAACACUAAUUAGUAGUGAGUCUGCUUCCAUUUAUGCUUGGGCUUGAUCAAAUCCAUGCGCAUAUAGAUGCCUAGACAAACGAGCAAAAGCGCACGGGCGAGCGAAUAUUUGCACGUGCUCGCGUGUCCGUCAGGAAUAGCAAAUUCCUGCUAUUGAUGUUCUAACUUCCAACUCACCUUUCUCGUUUGCAGGGUUUUCAGAGUUUUCAUGUAUGGUUAAAGUUGAAUUUUGAAGCCGGACUGAUGUACUCUGAUUAACGGGUAGUAGCUAAAACAAACAGAAUUAGAUUAUAAGUUUAUGGAACUUCCCUUUCACUGAAUUGGUGAGACAGCUGGGAGAAAAACGCUUUGUGGUUGCGAGUCAUAAUAAUCCACAGGGGAAGUUGUAUUUUUUGUGCUCAUAUGGAUUGUCAUUAUUUUCUGCUGGUAGUUGGUUUCACUGAGGUUAUGUAAACCUGAAUAAUUCAUGGUUUCUGCACAGACUUUUUGUUGGCUACACUGUAAUUAGAAUACAUUAACAUGUGAUUUGUUAUCGGAAUUACCAUGUGAUUUGUCA